GCGGCGGGGACUGCGCUCGCAGCCUCACUUCGCUCACUUCCCCGCUCCGCGCCCGCCGCCCGCUUCCCUCGCACUCGCGGCCGCCCCGCGCCCGUCCCGCGCGCCGGGCAUGUGAGGCGCGGGCGGGUGCCGCCACCAUGGCCUCGACGCGCGCCUCGCGGUGGCCGCCGCCGCCGCCGCUGCUGCCUUUGCUGCUGCUGCUGCUGCUGCCGGCGGUCCCCGGGACGCGGGGCCAGCCGUCCUCCCCGGCCCGCAGCGCGCCGAGCGGGGAGCCCCUCGCAGACACCCGGCUGGUGCGACCACCGCAGCCCGGUCCCGGGCGCGAGCAGCAGGCGCCGCCGCCCUGGGAGCGCCGUGGGCCCGCGGCCUCCGGCCCCAGCCAGACGUCCCCCGGACCGGGCACCGCGACGCCGCAGGGACCCUCCGGCCGGCUCCCCAGAGGCCAGAGCGCGGCUGCUGUAAGGAACCACUGGCCAGAAAGUAACACUGAGCCCCACAUAGAAAACAUCACCUUUUAUCAGGACCGAGUGAACCUUUCGGCAGUGACCUCCAAAGAAGACGUGAUGAUUCAGACCCCUAGAAAGAGCCAGGCUUCUUCCAGUGCUCCAGGAGACUUUACUCCACUAACUGGAACUGUAGAUGUUGGAGGACGAAACAACUCUCAAAGUGGAACAAAUUUCACCAUUUCUCCUGUCAGGCAUUCACCUGAGACACCAACAGCUCUGACUUCCCAGAGCAACAUCUCAGCCUUCGAAGGGCUUCACCUGUCAUCCAGCAGUUCAGAGUCAGAAGAAAGAAUUACUGCUUCUCAAAGGGAGAGUGGGACAUCCUGGGGCUCACUGGCAAGGGGGAAGGGUCUGCCAGAAGAAGUGACUGUGCACACCCAAGUGGCCGCCACGUCUUUCUCACAUCAGUCUUUUCUUUCUGCUUCGGCCGUGGGAGAGCAGACCAUGCUCUCCAGGGUGAGAGAUUCUUCAGAACCUGGGCUCUUCUCUCAGCAUUUUUCCAGGACGCCAGCUAACUCUCCUCCCUUAGAUCAUCCUUCGUCUUCUGAAAGUAUGAAGGAGCUGGACAAUGCCACUGCUGUCAGUAGCCCCUUGAUCAGUGAGACAGAGAGUGAGCCUGUUGCCACCACGUUCACUGACGGUGGCCCAGGGAUGAGCCAAUCUUUGGCCAUGAGUCUGGGAUCUAUAAACAAGAUAGACAGAUUCACUGAGGACUCCGAAAUUGCUACCACUUCAGCACCAGUCCACUCUUCACCGUCUAUAGAGGAACUGAAAGGGAACAGUAGCAUAAUCAAGAAUCCAGGGGAUGGGGAAUUCACUGAGCCAUCAACAGAAAAUGGAUUUGGACUUACAUCCUCAGAGAGCUCAACGGAAUUUUUGCAAAAUGAUUCCCCAACCUUUGGAGGACAUCAGCUUGCCAGCAGCUCUGAUGCAGAAAAUGGAAGUUCUGCUUCCCAGAUGGAGGCUGUGUCUGUGUCAGUCCCAUACAUCAGAGGUGGAGAGAGCACAGCACACUGGUCCUUGACCAACAGCAAGACAUUUGCAGAUGUGACAGGAAACUCUACUUCAUAUCCUGAAGUUGUGAACUCUUCAGUCUUGACCCAGUUUCCCUACUCAGGUCAACAGUCCAAAGGAAGUAACACAGCCUUGGAUGAUAGGAAUUACUCUGAGCCAUCCACAGUGUCUUUGCCUAUGUCUUCCUCGGAAAGCCUGGAUUCCUCAGCGUCACGUGGAGAACGUUCAACCGUUGAAGAUGGCCGAGAGCUGGGAGGCAGUUCCGACGCAGGGGAAAAGACUUCUGGUUCUCACUCUCACAGCCCACACACUCCAGCUACUUUCACUGGCACUGGAGAGCGGACGCUGCGCUCUCUUACCGAUGGGAACACGACUUCUGGGGAAGUGGGGGUUUCAGCAUCUGUGCCCAGAGAAGCAGUGAGUGCCACCCAGCACGCGGAUGUGACUGACAGCCCAGACCUAGUCCCGGGUUCACAGGCUGCCUCGCGUGCCCCCGGAGUCACUGGAAUUAGCUACGGUCAAGUGAGUGGCACAGCCAUUGAACAGAGGACUUCCAGUGGCCAGCCAGACCACACCUAUGUUUCAUCUACUUUCACCAAAGGAGAACGGACAUUACUGUCCAUUAGAGACAACAGUUCUUCCUUGGACAUAAAGGAGAGUUCGACCUCUUAUAUUAAGAUCUCAAACUCUUCACAUUUAGAGUAUUCAUCCUCUUUGCAUGCUCAGACCGAAAAAAGUAACGUCUCAUCCUACAAUGGGGAAUAUGCUCAGUCUUCCACUGAGUCGCUGGUUAUGCAUACAUCCAAUUUUCAGUCCUACACAUCCACCAUUAAUGUGCCAAACACUUUGGUUCUUUCGGACGCUGAUGCUGGAUCUGUUGGCAACUCAUCUUCUUCCUCGGGACCCUCUUUGGCUCUGCCCUCAGUGUCACAGUCCCACCAGUUGUUCUCAUCAACCUCACCAUCAACCAAGGCCUCCACUCAUCAAGUGAAGUCUACCUCUGAUGCAUUUUUGUCUUCCUCACCAUCACCUUUACCAGUGUCCUCAACUGCAAGUACACCUGCCCCGCUUUCCAUCUCACAGGCAACCUUACCACAUGCCUCUUCUACCCCAGUCCUUCCUGGGGUAAGGGAGAUUCCUGUGACUUCUGUUAGGAUGUCAACAAUGGCAUCGUCCACGGCAGUGCUCCACAGUAGUCAAACAGUGGACCCUAGGAACCAGAGCAACCCCUACCAAGAGAAAAUCAUUACAGAAUCAAAGUCUCCAACCCUGGUGCCUCUGCCAACAGGGUCCAUGGGAGCUGUAACAAUGAGCUCUCCUUCCAGGGUCCAUUUGCCCCCAGAGUUAACAGAGUCUUCCACCGAGCAGACCCUUCCAGCCAUGAGCACCAGCUUAGGCCACACGUCUUCAGCAUUGACAGCCACCACUCGUGAGACCUUUCAUCCCUCCAUGACCACUACCAGCCUCUCGUCAAGCACAGCAGCUCUGGUGGGGGGCGCCUCAACAGUACAGACUACCACCAGAAAACAGGUCUUGAUAACCAGUCCUGAGAUUCUGGUGCCACAAAUCUCAACAGAGGGUGCCAUCACCACAACAACGAGCCGAGUUCACAUAGAUAUCACCACCAGAUUGAUCCCUCCAACCAGUGUACCCACAUCAGCAAGAGAGACAGCCACAGGACUUGGCAUUACAGAAGAAUCCAGUCCUGCUUCACCUUUAUUCAGAGUAUCUCCUUCUCCCCAAACCACAGAUGUUUCUACCCAUGAAGUGUUGACUACUAAAUCUACCACCUCCAGUGCUCAGAGCAGCACACAGUCCCCAGUAGCUUUGUCAUCUCCAGCCUCAGUCAACAGCUGUGCCUCUCACCCUUGCCUCCACGAUGGGGAAUGCCUUGUUGACUCUUCCGAGCCUGGGUAUCGAUGCCUGUGCCCACCUUCCUGGCAAGGGGAUGACUGCAGUGUGGAUGUUAAUGAAUGCCUCUCGAACCCCUGUCCACCCCUGGCCACGUGCAACAAUACUCAGGGGUCCUUCAUCUGCAAAUGCCCAGUGGGAUACCAGUUGGAAAAAGGAAUAUGCAAUUUGGUGAGAACCUUCGUGACAGAGUUAAAAUUAAAGAAAACUUCUCUCAAUACUACUGUGGGAACACAUUCAGACCUACAUGAAGUAGAAAAUGAGAUCACCAAAACGUUAAAUGUGUGCUUUUCAACAUCUCCUGGUUAUACCCGAUCCACAGUGCAUGCUUCCAGGGAGCCCAGCACAGUGGUGAUCUCACUGCAGACCACCUUUUCCCUGGCCUCCAACGUGACGCUGUUUGACCUGGGCGACAGGAUGCAGAGAUGUGUCAACUCCUGCCGGUCCUCUGCCGAGGUCUGCCAGCUCUUGGCAUCUCAGCGGCGGCUCUUUAGAGCGGGCAGCUUGUGCAAGCGGAAAAGUCCUGAAUGUGACCGAGAGACCUCCAUCUGCACGGAUUUGGAUGGCAUUGCACUGUGCCAGUGCAAGUCGGGCUACUUUCAGUUCAACAAGAUGGAUCACUCCUGCCGAGCCUGUGAAGAUGGGUAUAGGCUUGAAAAUGAAACCUGUAUGAGUUGCCCAUUUGGUCUUGGUGGUCUCAACUGUGGAAACCCCUAUCAGCUUAUCACUGUGGUGAUUGCAGCAGCAGGAGGUGGACUUCUGCUUAUCCUAGGCAUUGCACUGAUUGUUACCUGUUGCAGAAAGAAUAAAAACGACAUAAGCAAACUCAUCUUCAAAAGUGGGGAUUUCCAAAUGUCCCCAUAUGCUGAGUACCCCAAGAACCCUCGCUCACAAGAAUGGGGUCGGGAAGCUAUUGAAAUGCAUGAGAAUGGAAGUACCAAAAACCUCCUCCAGAUGACAGAUGUGUAUUACUCGCCCACAAAUAUAAGGAAUCCUGAACUUGAACGCAAUGGGCUCUAUCCUGCCUACACUGGAUUGCCAGGGUCCCGGCAUUCUUGCAUUUUCCCUGGACAGUACAACCCAUCCUUCAUCAGUGAUGAGAGCAGGAGAAGAGACUACUUCUAAGUCCAGAAGAGAAAGGGCCCCGUGCUCUGAGUUACCCAGCACCCCUGCUGCUCCUGGGACGGCACCUGGAGGGAGAACCAAGUGCUGGCCGCUCCCGGGACUUGGCGGAGCCACACCUGAGUGGCAGGCAGAAAGUGGGACAGGCGCCAGGGGAGCGACCACAGUGGAAGGGGACAGAUGGAACCUGCGGACACGGCAACCACAAGCUGCUCAUUCGGCACCUUCGUUGUUACUGUGAAUGUAAACCUGGGCCAGUACGGGGGGGUUUCUCUGAGUAACUACGAAGUGGCCGCUGGCACUAAGGGGGACUGUUCACUGAGGCAGAUCACUAGGUAUCAUGGCAAGGAUCCAGUUUUUUCUAGUUUGCACUUUAGUAAAUUGGGUAGGGAGGUCUCCUUCUGGAUUUAUGUCAAGACUGUUCCGAAAAGAAGGCCUCCUUUGCUGAUUAAUUUGCAGCAAGAUACUGGCUCUUUAGUUAUCUUCCUGCCCAGUGCCUACAUGCUAAACAGCAGGUGAAGAUAAAGAUACCACUAAGGUCUGAAGAUGCUGCAGUUUAAUGUACAAUAUUUUAAUAUGUUUUUAGGUCUUACUAUGCUAUAGUUUUCAAGCCAACACCCAAAAUGAGGAAUUGAAAUUUGUGAGGCACAGAACACAAUACCAAUUUGUUGUUGUUUUUAUCAAGGUGAUAACAUUUAUUUAAAAUUAUGUUUUCCCUUUGCAGUUAAAUCUCACUUCUUCAAGCAAGUCUGGAUCAAGGCAAAACAACUUAUGUUCGGUUUUAGUUAGAGGCGUCAGCUGCCGUGUAGUGAGCCCAGCAGGCAGAAUUGGGGGCUGGCUGUGGGUGAAGGCCCUGGUGGAGCAUCUUUGGUCUGCAGGCAAUCAGGUCCAUCUUCUCAAAGUGGGCACCUGCGGUUGCCUGGCCUCUGACCACCAUCUCUGAGGCCCGAGGCUGCUAUGCAUGGAUUAGAAGUGGAAAGCUGAAUGCAGUUUGGGUCUGAGCAAGUAUUUACACUGCUGUAGGGAAAUUGGCUGGAUGUAGUUUCCUGCAGCUGAAUGUGGUUACAAGAAUGGACUGAAUGGGCACGUUAAAUUUCCUCAGACACCAGUGCUUUGGGAAGCUGUGUGGGUUCCUGGGGAAGAGUGGGGAGUCGGAUGGAGCCUCACGUGAGCUUGCUUACCUGCUAAUACAGCAUCUUUGGUUGGACCUACAAUCUUGCCCACCAAUUCAGUGCAAACUUUCAACUGCUCAAAGCUAUGUAUUAAUUGAAGAAAUAACUUAUCGUCUCUCAUCCAAUAAUUUGUACCUCUUUAUGCUACUCUGCAGUUCCUUCUAGAAACAUGGUUAUAAGUCAAGUCAGCAUUGGAGAGCUAAAGACUUCUGGCUAGUUAGGGAGUCGAGAAGUUUGCCUUUGGGAAGGAAAUCCCAUGGGUCUUAUUUAUUACACCUGUGACAUGGAUUUUGUGAGAGGGACAUAUUCAGUGCUCGGUAUCUGUAACUGCUACUUGUGGAGCUGUUUUUAUUCUCAUCAUCUGCUUUUGGAAUGUUGUGGUUUGGAUAAAGUAAAGAGAACCCAGAGGUAAAGGAACCAUUCCCACCCUGAAGCUCUGGGCUUGGUGGGACACGUUUCUCUGGAGACGGUUCAGCCAUUGGGAGCAGUUCCACCUUGGGCAUGGUUGAUUAAGGCUCUCAGAUUUCUUCAGAACAUAGAGAUAAUAGGUAAUCUUCAUUCUACUGGUUUUAAGUUUGUUCUCCUGUGUUCCACGGUCUCUACCACUUACCUUCACCACUGCUGCGUCAGGAACACGAGUCAGGUGUGAAGUAUCUUAGCACUUAAAUGCACUCAUCUCAUGGGACAGAUUAAAAAAAAAAUUCGUUUUUGUCAGUGGAUACCGCCUUAAAAUGCCAGAGUAUCACAUUUUGAAAUCUCAGGUCUUGCAUCUCUCUGUGGAACCAAAUGGCCCUUUCUUUCUAGUUUUCUCACAUCUGACUGGAGAGCUCUGAGCUCCUGCCCUUAGCUCACUUGAGCCAACAGACUUGGAUGCCCUGUGAGGUGGCCCAGCCUGCUGGCUCUUUACACAGCCUCCCUGCUCAUCCUCGGGACCCAUAAAUAUGGGAUGAGCUGAUGUGUGGGGCUGCUCCCAGGCAGGUGCUUCUGCUGCCUGCAGCCGACACCACAGCUGACAAGUCAUCUCCUAUAUCAGGGCCAGGAGCUAUGAGGUCCACAAAACCAAGCGCUCUGUCCCAAAAACAUUCUUGAGAAGCAUCCCAAAGUCCAGAAGAGGGUAUUCCUGUGAGUUCCAAGAACAUUUUCCUGUUAAUUGGUUUUGUCAAUACGGAUCACUUUGGUGUUUUUUGUUUGUUUGUUUUUGUUUUGUUUUACUGUGAAAAAAGGGAGGCACCCUGGAAGGUUGAGUUAACAAAAGAGGCAUAUGGAGAUGUGGGAGGUACACCUCAAGAGCCGUGGGGUACUGGGAUGUGUAUGAAAAUAGUAUGACUGUUACCCGUGCUAGCUGCCUGCCCUGGGUGAGGAAGAGAGGGCUGGCAUCACUCCUGCUUGGGAGGGUCCUGCCUGGACCAAGGGGAAAUCACUGGUUGGGUCACCGUGGCCUCUGGACUGACAGAGCAGGGCAGAACACACCCCUGGCAAGCAGAAGCCCUCAGCUCUGGCCUGAAUGCUCCUGCAUUGGUCCCUGCCCUGGAAUGUGUGACUAUUCAUGCACACAGAGCACCACAGGGCCCCACAGCUGGCCAAAGCAAGGAGGAAGGAAAAAGUGACACAUAUCUGCUCGUGAGAUGCUUAAACUUCCAUAAGGAAGAGCCAGGCCAAAUGGAACCUGGGUGGCCUGUAGCAUGUGGAGCAUGUUGUAUCAGAACUAAGAGGAGCUAGUCCACUGGCUUCCCAGCAUCUGUGGGUUUUGUUUAAGAUCCAGAGAGUCUUUCUUCCCCCUGUUUUCUCUUCUUUUCCCUGUGAGCCAGCUCAGAGCACUAGCAUCUGUUUAUUUAGGAGAAUUCUGCUAGCAUCUGUUGUGUCCCCACCAUGACCAAGAUCCCUGCAAAAUACUUGGCCCCCCAACACUUCUGUGAGGCGGGCAGGAGAAUGCCCAUUGCUCAGAUGUAGAAACCUUCCAACCCCAGUCUGCCCGACUCAGCCCCUUGCUCUUUCUACUAUACCUCCCUGCCUCACCCUGCAGUUUACUGUAAAUGUCAAAGAGGACAGGAGAGAAUGGGCCUUAAAAGUUAUUUUUUUGAGAAUCUUAGUAUUAUUAAGCAGUAACCAACUAAUAACCUGAAACGUAAAAAACUGUCAACUCCCUUUUUGAAAAGUCCUUUCGGGUUUGUUUCUCCAUAUAUUUUUUUGACAUGUGGUCACUGUUAAGAAAAUAGUGGCUGGCUUGUGCUUGGUGAGAAGCAUAUUGGUACGUGGCUCUGGGUGUAGGAGCUGUAAGGUGAUGACUUGGGUUUUUGACAAACACAGCUAGACUCAACUGUCCAACUGAGAGCUGCCUCCUUCAGAGGGGACCCUGGGAAGGCUCAGCCAUGUUCCCCGAGUCAGGCCAUGGCUCCCAGUGUAUUGGAAGCCUGUUUUGUGAACCAUUAUCAGAGUCAGGAGCAAAUACAGUUGAAUGUGUUCAAUGCUGUCAGAUCUUCCUUCUUUGAGAAGCUUAUUUUCGGAAGCAGCUAAGUCAUUUAGACCCAAUAUUGUUGAAUAGACGGCAUAAUCGAGCUGGCUGAUAACAUUUGAGGUCAAAAACUAAGCUGUGGCUAUUCAGUUCUUAGAGAGCCUUUGGGAGCACUUCCCAGAGUAGCAUCUUCACAAUACAAGCCUGACAGCUGCCCAGGAAAACGUCCUGGAAGGAUGAUACCUGUUCAGGUGUGAAAGUUUGCAGAGCAAGGAGUUCUCCCUCUCAUGUGGCUCCGUGGAGCAUCCAUGAAGCUAUUUUGCCCACUGGUGGGGUGCGCAGGUGCCUGUAAAUUUGUUCAAUCUUGUCUGAAGAAGCUAGAGCUGUACAGGCUGCUUGCUCUUGACUUACAUAAACCUAGUACCAAAACUAGAGUUUUGACCCCUAGUUCUAAAAUAUGCUAGUCUUGAGACUAGAAGCCUUCUCUGGAGAAAGAAAGAAUACUAUGUUCAGUAGUUCAGUAUUUUGUAUCUUAUUUAAAAUUGUCCUUCAUACCAGAGAGAUUUUUCUAUUUGAAGGCUUUUGGGUGGAUUAUAAGGGACAUUUGAUUUUCUUCUCAAAAUGUCAUUCUGAGUUUCUCAUGUGUGUUUUUGGAACAGGUUUAGUAGAGUUUGCCAUUGGGUAUGUGUUCUUUCUUUUUUUCUUUUCUUGAAUCUCCCAAAAAAGAAACAGAUUGAAAUACUAGGAACAUUAAAUUAUUAAAUGCCAAUAAAUUUGUGUAAAUAUAUCAUUUCACAGUUGUGUUACAAUCCAUCAUACCUGGUGUAAACUGUCCACAGAAAAGCCUGUGAAACCAAAGGGAACAAUGUAGGUCUAAACAGAAGCAGGUAUUAGACUGGCUCUGUCUCCUUGACAUUUUCAAGUAGUUUACAUAUUAGAGUCUGUUUUUUUUUUUAAUUAUUAUUGAUUUGGACAUGUUUAAUGCACUUCAGGUGUAGAGUUCAUGGGUAGAGAUGAUAGGACAGGGAUGAGAUGGAGACAGUCAAUGUGGGAGACUCGCCCAAUUCACUUAUCUUUCUGUAUUACCUUGGCCUACUUAAAACACAAGUUUCAUCAUGGGUUGCUGUGAGUUUUGUUAAUGUUUGUGUUGCUGGAUUUAUGGUUAAAUGAAGCAUAUAGUUGGAAUAUGAACUUUUUGAGUUUUCACACUGUCCUGGAUUUCUCUUUGUAAACCUAUAAACCUUAGCCCCUGGUUGAUUGUGUUAAAUCCAUUAUGAGAAUGUUAUUUAAAGUUGUAUUAUAACUGCAACCUCCACUACUUAUUCAGUACUGUAGCAGCAAAGUAUUAUUUGUAAGAAUUCGGUUAUUUUUAUACUUAUAUCCAUUAUAAGUCUGGCGUUCUAGUCAGUAAAAUGAUGCAAUAAAAUUAAUAUCAUUUUCA